CCUCUUCUUCCUCCCUUCUCCCGCUCUCCUCUUCAACCCUCGAUCGCCAUUCUUCUCACCACAGUCAUUCGUUUGCUACUCGCCUCGCAGCCGAUUCCUCGCCUCGACAAACUUGCACUCCACGACUCGCAGAGAUCCUACGAAAAAAACAAGUGGAGCCGUCGACAACAUGAAGUACUUUACUGGACGCGUCGUGGCGCUCGCUACACUCGCGGCAUCUGUCCACGCGUUGAACGGCAUCGUAGCACCCGCCAACAUCUCUGCCGACACCAAGUUCGAGGUCACAUUCGAGAAUGCGAAUAGCGACCAGUAUCGCGUCUACCUUGCCGCUGCUCUCGCCGGCGUCAACGGUCCUACCUGCUACCUCAUCAACUCGACAUCUCUCAAGAGCCCACUCAGCAACCUGUCCAUCCCCGCGAGCGUAGGACCUUCAGCAAACUACUAUUCCAUCGCCGUCGCCGACCUGACCACAGGCCAAGGCGCCACCUACAGCAACCGCUUCGCCCUCAGCGGCGCCACAGGAAACUACUCGGAAUACGAAAACAAGCUCGGAGGCUCGCCCUUCUGGAGUGCAGACGACCUCCCUUGCACCGCCUACGAGUGCGCUCGCGAGUGCGCCAUGGAUUCGUAUCCGGAAAAUUUGACCGAGAAGGAUGCUUUUGAUACUAUGAAGUCUUGUAUUCUGGACUGUGAUGGUGUCUCUCCUGCUCCGAGUCAGACUGCGCCUGCUCUUGCUUCUGGCACUAGCACUAGUACUGCGACGUCUGAGGCUACAGGAGAGGGCUCUGCGACGGAAAGUUCUAGCUCGUCGGCUACGAGCGAUAGUGCAGCGCACAGAAAUGUUAUCUUUGCUGGUGCUGCAGCUGCUGGUGUGGGCGCUUUGGCUUUUCUAUUGUAAAUGAGCUUUAAGAAGAGAGAAGCCUUUCACCGCGUAUGCUUUUUGGUGGUGGUGGGGAGCGAGACUCUUUUUUUCUUCUUUUUUUCCUCCUUUACCCGAUGGAAAGACUUGUUGGGGAGGUGGAAAAUGUGACACGAUAACACGAGUUGAAUAGAGAUCGCGCGCGUUUGGGCGCGAGCGAGCGAGCGAGGAGUUGGGUACUAGACUCAGGUACCUAGUAGUAGGUAGUGUUGCCCUUGGCUGACUACGUAGGUAUAGAACGACUUGCUGUAAUUAAUUUAGCGCAGGCAAAGCAAUUAAUCAUGACAAACCAAUAACAAC